AUGAAUGAAGGGGCCGAGCGACCAGUAGUCGGGGAGGUGUGUCUCAGAAGGAAACGGAGGAAACGUCAGAAAAAACUUCUGAAACAACUGUUUCAAGAUUAUUCCAAAAACACAACCCUUCACGGACUGAGAUACACUACUGAAAAGGGCCUUCAUAAUAUUGAAAAGAUAUUCUGGCUCGUCACGUUCAUUGUGAGUGUUGCGCUGUCCUUCUACCUGAUAUCAAAGGUCUGGAAUAAGUGGAAUACGUCUCCCGUUAUUGUCAGCUUUUCCGAUAGACAUGUCUUCGUUGAUAAGGUACCGUUCCCAGCGAUAACAAUUUGUCCUGCAAUAAAAUUUAAGAAGCUUAAUUACACGGAGAUACUCAUAAAUAUAGAACAUCGUAAAGUCAUUGACAACGACACCAUGGCCACAGCCCGUGCCGUGAACUUAUUUUGUGACAGGCCAAACGGGGCGCUUACUAAAGAACUACCUGAUGACUGGAUGGAUAGAUUGUUAAAUGUGUCGAUGGAUGUAGAGGAUAUUUUCUACGGCUGCAAUCUCGGGGGAAGUAAUUGCAAGACACUAGUAACAAGAGUGUUGACGGAGGAAGGAAUUUGUUUUAACAUAAAUGGUUUAGCAGCUAGUGAUAUUUUGAAUUACGAUAGUAUACAAAAAGAAUACAAAUACUCAUUUAAUGAACAUGAGGCAAGGAAUUGGACAUUAACUGAAGGCUACACCAAUGAUGAUGUAAACGCCUACCCACAUCGUGGCCAGGAAAGUGGUGAAACUCCCUACUUAAGCCUGCAACUGGUUGAUUGGGAAUCCAAAAAAGAUAAAAACUGUAAUGUAAUAUUUACUGGUUAUAAGAUUUAUUUGCAUCACCCAGCCGAUUGGCCUCAGGCGCGGUCCUACUACUUUGCAGCUCUACCAGAGCAAGUAUCAUCCAUGGCUGUUGAAUUCUCUGCAGUUUCUACCAGCGAAGAUUUGAAAGCAGUUGCAUUAAACGUGCGACAAUGCUACUUUCCAGAAGAGAGGCCGCUGAAAUAUUUUAAAAUAUAUUCCUACAACCAUUGCAGGCAAGAAUGUUUGACAAACUUCACCUACGCACGGUGUGGUUGCGUCAUGACUUAUAUGCCAUUUCAGACUAACGAGAAACUCUGUUCAUCAUGGAAACAAAUAUCCUGUUCUAUGAGAGUUAAUGAUAUUUUUUCAAUGGGAGGCAGUAUAAACCUGCGAAACUGCAGAUGUCUACCAUCAUGCAACUACAUACAAUAUGACGCUGACAUACAUAAAACAGACUAUAAGUUGGAUGAUUUUCAGUCUAUACGGAUAGACAAAAGAAAGAGGUUGCUUAUGUCGUUGCUUGGCUUGAGAGAUAUCAAACGGAAUAAAAAAAGUACAAGUGUGCAGAUAUUUUUCAAGGAACCAAUGUUUAUGGCUAUACAUCGGUCAGAAUUAUUUGGAAUAACUGAUUUUCUUGGCAUCUGUGGCGGCCUUUUGGGCUUAUUCUUGGGAUUCUCAUUCUUAAGCAUUGUGGAGAUCUUCUAUUUUCUGACUUUUAGGGUCUACAAAACCAUAAGACGGGAUUUGAAGACUGAGAAAUCGGGAGACCUACCAGACAUUUUCCACGUCGAGAAGUUACAUGACGAGAUCACAGAACUUCCACUGAAACUUAAAUAG